CUCGUCGCAUCAGUCGGGUUUCUGCGCUUGCCGGUGUAGGGUGCGUGCGUUCUUCUCGGCUCGAGAACUUUUCGUGUCAUAUUAGUUUUUAAAAAAUAUAAUUUUUAAUUCUUAAAAAAAGUUUCCACGUAGUGUUAAUUCCAUCGCCAGUGUAUUAGUCAUCUAGUGUAGUAUUUUGUUACUUUAAGUGUCAAUAUAAGAAUUAUAAAAGCAUUCCAAAGUCAUGGCUAAAACUGAGAAGUCAUUUGCGAGAAACUUUACAGGACGCCUAACAUGCGUGCAAGUGCUGAACAUAAUGGUGCUGCUUGGCUUCAUGCUGAACUACGCGCUGCGCGUCAACCUAACCAUCGCCAUCGUCGAGAUGAUCUACGACGAGUCCGACAACCACACCACCGUCGCACAUCUCACCAACCUCACAGACCAUGUCAAUGUCACUCAGCAUCCAGAACACAUAGAGCAGACACGUUACCACUGGGAUAUGAAACAGAAGAACCACCUGCUGGGAUGCUUCUUCUGGGGAUAUGUCCUCACAGAGCUGCCGGGCGGCCGCCUCGCUGAAAUUAUCGGCGCCAGGCGAGUGUUCGGGUACAGCACUCUCCUAGCCAGCUUUCUGACGCUACUGUCCCCCGCGGCGGCGGCGGCGGGCUUCGGCUGGAUCGUGGCGCUGCGAGUGGCCCUGGGCUUCUUCCUCGGCGUCACCUGGCCCGCCAUACUGCCUAUGGCCUCCAAGUGGAUCCCGCCCAUGGAUAGAUCUAAAUUCAUGUCCAAUAUGAUGGCCUCAUCUCUGGGUGCUGCGAUCACGAUGCCGGUGUGCGGCUUUCUUAUCGCACAUUUCGGCUGGGAAUCUGCUUUCUACUUCACCGGUAUAAUCGGUGUGAUGUGGUCUGUGGCGUGGUUCGCGGUGGUAUACGACUCGCCGGCGCAGCAUCCGCGCAUCUCUGAAGCAGAGCGCAACUACCUCCUCAAAGCUCUGCCACAGGAUAACAGUACUAAGGGGCACAUGCCUGUCCCCUGGCGCGCCAUGCUGUGCUCUGCGCCGGUGUGGGCCAUCAUCAUCACGCACGGCGCCUCCGUCUUCGGCUACUUCACCGUCGUCAACCAGCUGCCCUCCUACAUCGAGAGCAUCCUGCACUUCAAUAUUAAACACAAUGGUUUGCUGUCGUCGCUGCCAUACCUGGGCAAGUACCUGUGCGCGCUGGCAUCGUCUGUGCUGGCCGACUCUCUGCGCCGCUCCGGCCGACUGUCCACCACGGCCGCGCGGAAACUAUUCACUGGCUUCGCGGUCGGCUUCCCCGGUGUGAUGAUGAUAGUGCAAGCGUUUCUUGGCCACGACCGCGUGUGGUCUAUCGCCAUCUUCACGCUGGCUCUGACCAUCAACGGCGCGGUGACCGCCGGCUACCUCGGCAACGGGCUCGACAUCGCGCCCAACUUCAGUGGCACUAUCUUCGGUAUGGCCAACACGCUGUCCUCCUUCGGCGGCUGGCUCUCCACUUUCAUGGUCGGGGAGCUAACACAUGAGAACAACACGUACGAGCAGUGGCAGAUAGUGUUCUACAUCCUGGCGGGCACGUACCUGCUGGGCGCGCUCUGCUUCCUCAGCCUGGGCUCGGGGGAGCUGCAGCCCUGGAACAGCGCCGCGCCGCCCCCCACCAAGGAGGAGCAGCCCCUCAACGAGCCCCCGCACCAGCACAAGGUGUGAACGUACCUCUAGUUCUUCAAACAUUACUUAGUUAAAUUGACUCUAGUGAAUUUAUUACAAUAUUCCGUUUACAGUCGCGUCUACCGACAUUAUAUUAGGUUCCUUCCUAUUUAUUGUUUUAUGUAAAUUAAUAUGUGUAGCUUUAUGACAUGUCAGGGUUAUUUUCUCGGAGAAACGGGAUUUUUUUUCGACAUUAAUCUAAAUGUUCUCGUAUCAAAAUGUUGCAGCAGCUGUAUGCGUAUUGGAAAUGUCAAAUUGUAAUCAUUUAUUACUGUAUCUUAGUAUUUUAUGUAUUGAUUCAAUUUAGAAACAUUUUUGUUAAUUCAACUUUAUUUUCAUACACUGAUCUCUACGAUAAUGAUAGAUAGGUAGUUGUUUCAAAAUAACAGAUUUUGCGUCAUUAAAAGUGCAGUAUAGACAGUGCAAGUGUAUCUCUAUUACUGGUAUUCACUAUCGCUACCAAUAGCUACCAUCAGCCAAAAUAGCGGAACUCCAGUAAGCACAAAACACCACGAAUUAACCUGUCCAUUCAUAGAGAUCAGUGUUCCCAGAUCUAUUUAGUCUUUAAUUAAAAACCGACGAAAGACUGUUCGAAUUAUUUGUAUGAAUUAAUUCAUACAAUUAUACAAUUGCUGGUAAAAAAAAAAUAUAAAUUCAGACGUUUUAAAUUAAUUUUAAAAUGGUGAAUUGAUAUUUUUCACACAAAUAACUUGUCAAAAUGUAACAAACGAACUUGUGUACACUUGUAAUGUACGUUGUAGUCAGUAUUUAAUGUAAUGUUGACAGAAUUUACUACUGUCCUAUGAGGACAAUAAAGUAAAACUUAGUUUUAGGAUGACUUGCGAUGUGGGAAAAAAACGUGAAAAAAAUAACAAAAAAAAGGCUGUAAAAUGUGAUUUACGUACGAGCCGGCUCGCGCAAUGGACACUGAUUGUAGCCAGCGAUUGGGAUACGAUCUUGACGUGGAAAUAUACAACUACAUAAACUCUUAUUGCCUUAUUCCACUUGGCGUCCGCAGCUGCCGUUUCAUAGAAGUUUUAACGCGCCAGUGGAAACGAGACUCGUGAUUUUUUGUAUGAAAUUUGAUCACUACCAAAGUCUAUUGUAAUCCUGGUAAAAGUCCCUCAAUCAUGUACAUACUAAUCAAUUAAUUAUAACAAGUCUGAAUUUAAAAUUCACAGAAUAAUCCAAUUUUCACGUCAAUGUUCAACGAAACCCGACUCAGUUGUUGAAAUGUUUUUAGUAUGUAAGUGAAGAGUGGCGGCGGUCGAAGUCUCGCUACAUGCUACAUGACACUGCGCACGGUCUAGGUUUAAAUAUACCAUUGUACUUUGAUAGAAAUUACUUAGAUAUGCAGUUUUUAUGCCUUUUGUGAUGAAAACUUUGAUAUGACUCGCGGGGACCAAGGUUAACGACGACGACUGCCGCCAUCUCAGUAUAUCAAUAAGUAUUCCUCGAUAGCUAUCUAUUUAUUGUACGUCACGUGUUUAGGAAAGUUCACAGCCAUAGCCAACUUCACUUUAAUAAAUUCUCAAGUUGUUCCGCUAAUCUUUUCGGGGAAAUGCACCCGACCAUAGACAAUCUCGUAUUUUACCGUAAGACAUAGAUAAUAAGAAGCCAUGUUCAGUUAGCUUUACAAGGGACAAUGCAUUGUUUUGUUGUGCAUUUUGACAGCUGUGAUAUGAAGAGCUUUGUCUAUGGCCCGCCACCACGCUUAGCUACUCUUUGCCUCGGGAAUGUGGUCUCUCUUUCUAUUAUUGUGUUAGAAGGAGACGGCAAACGUUUUUGAACGUUCCGAGCGUUUUCGCGCUUUCAAAAUUUAGCACGUAUAGAAUUUUAAUUUAAAAAUGGCUAUCAGAAGUUCCUAAGUGACGUUAGGUAUUUAACAGGUAUUGUAUUAUUUUAUCUAUGAAUUAUAUUUCGUCUAAGGAACGUGAAGUAUUCAUCUGUUUUAGUUAGAUACAACUUUUGUUUGAUAUUUAUUUAUUUUCUGAUAAGAAGUCGUAUUAUAUCAGAUUUGUAUGGAUCUUAAUGGUUUAUAUCUUGUACUGUAAAAGAUUUUUCUUUAAAAAAAUAACAAAAAAAAUAUAGUUGCUCAUUAUGAUUUAAGUUAGCACAAAUAAUACAAAAGAAGCAUUUCGUGUGCGGCUUAUAACUCAUCGUAUCUUUUGUAAACGAAACAAAGAUGUUUGACAUAUCAAAUCAAAUGUUGGACAAAACUUUAUAAAAAUAAUAAUUAUUAUUUUGUACAUUCGAUUAAAGCUGAUAUAUGUUCAAGAUAAUUGUUUACACUCGAAUAUAGAUGUAUUAGGAACAAAUAUAUAACUAUGUACAAAUAGUGACUAGACAGCUUUGUAAAGUUUCAUAUCUGAUGACCAGUUUUUAGGCAUUUUUACUGAAGACGUGUAUGGGUUUUUGUGUAUGUGUGAACAAACCGUAUGUAUGAGCUAAAUUUAAACUUAACGCAACUUAAUACGGUGUUAUUGUCUUUGUGACUGUACUUUGUGAACAUUAUUAUUAUACAUGAUUUUUUUAAAUAAAGUUUUCAAAAAUA